AUGGAGCUCGGCGUGCGGCUUCGUAGCUGCCAGCCGCCUCCCAACACCAGCCAACCGCCGCCUCCAGCGAUCAGCUUCGGAGCCUGGCCGUGUCCGCGUCGUCCUCGUCCCCGCCACGCCGGGGCUCCGCGGGUCGCUGCCCCGGACUCCCGCCCCGGCCCCGUCGAGACCAUCUGCGCCGACAGCGUCGGUCAGGGCACGAAGUUGAGAGGGGACAAGUUCUUCACGGUGGAGAUGACGGUCCGUGACUGCGAGCUUGACCACUACGGGGUCGUCAACAAUGCUGUGUACGCGGCCUACAUCGAAAAAGCUCGGGAAGAGUUGGCUUGCAGCCUCGGCAUCAGCAGAUGCUCGAUCGCGAGCACGGGCAACGCCAUGGCACUCUCCGACCUGAAGCUCAACUACUUCGCGCCUCUCAAGCGCGGCGCCAGGUUCGUCGUUAUGGUGAGGGUCGUCCAGAUCAAGGGCGCGCGGAUGGUCGUGGAGCACUUCAUCGAGACGCUGCCGGAACGCAAGCUGGUCCUGGAGGCAACGGCCACCGUGGUGUGCCUGAACAAGGACUACCGCCCGACGCGCGUGUUCCCGGAGGUGGCGUCGAAGCUGCGGCGCUUCUUCUCGUCCUAGCUGCUACGAUUACGUACCAAGGACUGAUGCCAACAAGCCAACCACCGUCGACGUAGUAGAUAUGCGUAAUCCAUCGUACUUGUGUGUGUGUGUGUGUGUAUAUAGUACGUGUUCUGGACGAGCGAUCCCCUGUGUAUUGCUAGUGCAAGGCUGGAAGGCUCUGUUUGAUGGGGGAGUCCGUACUCUGUGUGUCUCCGCCAGCAAAAGAUCACGCGACCCCCAAAGCCUGAAAUGCAUGGGCGAUGCGCGAUCGGUUUGGCGGCGAAUUCUCUCUUCUUCGUAGAUCAUUGCAGGGGGGCACCGAUUUUCUUGCAGGCUACUAGCUACAAGGUGGGGGACAGCGGGACAGGGUCGCGCGGUGUAUUUCUCAUGGGCGGAAAACGAACGCGCGAGAUGUCACUAUGUCAGCGUGCAGCGUGCCCAGCUGCACGCGCGCGCCCUUAUUCGUUGGUGUCAGCUCAGCUGCCUCCAAACGCGAAUCAACCACCACCAGGGCACAUCCAUCCAACAGGCAUCACCUCAGAAACGCAGCUCUCGUCUGCCUUCUCACCCGUUGCUCCCUCCGAGGAGA